CUGCCGCCGUUUGUUUCAUUCACAUAAUUGCAACAUGGCCUCCGAUGGACCACCGGGAACCGAGUCUCUCCCGUCCGAUUUAGGGAAGGCUAUCGCGUCCCUGAACGCAUGGAGCAACCCGGAGCUCCAGGCUAAGCUGGCGGAGAUGGGGGCGCCCACAAUGGGUCCCAGAGAGGAGCUCAUUGACAGACUGAAAGGUUACAUGAUGCAGACUGGGAUCCCCCUCAGCAAACACAGUGACGACAAGCCAGUGGGUUUGCAGAUGACAGGUAUGCCUCCUAUGCCCCCAAUGCCCAUGCCGCCCAUGCCUCCCGGUAUGGGCAUGCUCCAGGCUAUGAGCAUGAUGCCGGGCGGGCCGCCUCCCCCUGGCAUCCACAUGGGCAUGGAGCCGCCCGGUAUGCCCCCGCCCAAUAUGUCCCAGGACGACGAGCUGAAGAUGGCUCAGCAGAGAGCGGCCAUGGUGCUGCAGCAGGAGGAGCGAGCCAAGCAGCAGGCUGCCGUGAUGAUGGAACAUGAGCGUCAGCAGGAGAUGGCUAAGAUGCAGGGUGCGGGGCCCGGGACCAUGCCUCCUGUCAACAUGGUCAGAGGUUUAGAUCCUCGUGGGCCGCUGCCCCCUGGUGUGAGUAUGCUGCCACUGCAGAAGCAGAGAGUGCCACCUCCUCCAGGAGAAGACAACAGAGAGAUGUGGCAGAAUGAGGAGGUGAGCCUCAGUGGCCCGAAGAUUCCUCAAGCUUUGGAGAAAAUCCUCCAGCUGAAGGAGAUCAGGCAGGAGCAGCUCACAGACCCCACGGGGGUUGAAGAUGAUGACGAGGGAGGAGACAUGGACGCCACCAACUCCUCUGGUCCAGUCAUGUCUGAGACGGAAGACGACGACAGUCAGAUGUCCAAAAAAGACAAAAACCGCAGGCGCAGGAACCGUAAGAAGAAGAGCAAGAAGAAGCGGGCUCAGGAGAAGAAGGAACAGGUGGAGCAGGAACAGCAGAAGGAGAAGGAGAACGGUGAGAAAGAGAAGGAGAAAGACAAAGAGAAGGAGAAGAAGGAGCCAGAGGUGGAGAUUGAGUAUGUGACAGACGAGCCAGAGAUCUACGACCCCAACUACAUCUUCUUCAAGAGGAUCUUUGAGGCUUUCAAGCUGACGGAUGAUGUUAAGAAAGAGAAGGAGAAGGAGCCAGAGAAGGCGGAAAAGCAGGAGACACUGGUGUUCAGGAAGAAGGGAUUUGAGGAGGAGAGGAAAGACAGCGACGACAGCGACGAGGAUAUCAGACCAGAUGUACCAAAAUUGUCCAAGAAGAAGUUGAGGAGGAUGAACAGACUGACUGUGGCCGAACUCAAGCAGCUUGUGGCCCGUCCAGAUGUCGUGGAGAUGCACGACGUCACCGCCCAGGAGCCCAAACUUCUCGUCCACCUCAAGGCCACCAGGAACACGGUGCCAGUGCCGCGUCAUUGGUGCUUCAAGAGGAAGUAUCUGCAGGGCAAGAGGGGUAUCGAGAAGCCUCCGUUUGAGCUGCCAGAGUUCAUCAAGAGGACGGGAAUCCAGGAGAUGAGGGAGGCUCUGCAGGAGAAGGAGGACGCCAAAACCAUGAAGACCAAAAUGAGAGAGAAGGUGCGUCCCAAGAUGGGGAAGAUCGAUAUCGACUACCAGAAGCUCCACGACGCUUUCUUCAAAUGGCAAAUCAAACCCAAGCUCACCAUCCACGGAGACCUCUACUACGAGGGUAAAGAGUUUGAGACUCGUCUGAAAGAGAAGAAGCCCGGUGAUCUGUCUGAUGAGCUGCGUAUCGCUCUGGGAAUGCCAGUCGGACCUAAUGCUCACAAGGUUCCUCCUCCCUGGCUGAUCGCCAUGCAGCGGUACGGGCCUCCUCCUUCCUACCCCAACCUCAAGAUCCCUGGACUCAACUCCCCAAUUCCAGACAACUGUACAUUCGGCUACCACGCCGGAGGCUGGGGGAAGCCGCCCGUAGACGAAAUGGGCAAACCGCUUUACGGUGACGUGUUUGGGACCAACGCCACAGACUUCCAGGCUAAAGCAGAGGAGGAGGAGGUGGACCACUCUACGUGGGGAGAGCUGGAGCCUUCGGACGAGGAGUCGUCGGAGGAAGAGGAGGAGGAGGAGAGCGAUGAGGAGAAACCCGACGAAACCGGUUUCUUCACACCGGCAGACAGUGGACUCAUCACUCCUGGAGGUUUCUCGUCAGUUCCCGCCGGCAUGGAGACUCCGGAGCUGAUCGAGCUGAGGAAGAAGAAGAUCGAGGAAGCCAUGGACGGAAAUGAGACGCCACAGCUGUACACGGUUCUUCCUGAGAGAAGAACUGGCCCCGUAGGAGCGGCGAUGAUGGCCUCGACACACAUCUACGAAAUGUCCGCGUCUAUGGCGGCUCGUAAAGCUGGCGGAGGGCAGGAGUCGCAGGGCGUGGAGGUGGCGCUGGCGCCCGAGGAGCUGGAGCUGGACCCGAUGGCCAUGACCCAGAAGUACGAGGAGCACGUGAGGGAGCAGCAGGCGCAGGUGGAGAAGGAGGACUUCAGUGACAUGGUGGCCGAGCACGCUGCCAAACAGAAGCAAAAGAAGAGGAAGGCGCAGCCACAGGACACGCGAAGCGGCGCCAAGAAAUACAAGGAGUUCAAGUUCUAGAGCAGAAACAGCCGAGACGGCGCGCACGCUGCGAGAGAAUGAGCCCCGGCAGGAAGUGAAAGAGGAAGUCCCCACACUCGGAUUUUAACUUCAGAGGAUGCAGACUGCAACACCGGUCAACCCUUAGACCAGUAAAUACAUGUUUUGUUCCUUUUUUUUUAACAGCCGUCAUGACGCGUGACACACAUUUUCAUCUGUUGUGGUUAUAGUUUGACUGUUUUUUUUCCUGUUUUUGUAAAUAAAUGAAGUGAUGAC